CUUGGCAGUAGUCCCGGACUGCGGGAAUGCCUGCCAGACACGAGUAGCCAGCCUAGAUAAACGAUGCGCUCUCCGUUUCUACUCUGUAUCGCCGCCGCGCCAGAUAAGAUAGACAUUGUAAUAAACUCGAAUGUUGUCGAAGGAGAUAAACUGCUGAUUUCGGUCGAUCGAUAAUCGACGGACGAUAGUGUGUGGAUUUCCUUUCGGCGACGUCGCAUUUGGCGAUUGCCCUCGGCUAACUUUGAAUAAAAAAUGUUGAGUGCAGGGAAGGGCUAGCGAGAUGUACGGCAUGUUCACCGAUAAGUCGACGAUCCGGCCGAUGAAGAGUAUCGGUGGCAACUGUUACGCGGGCCGGCAGAGCUCUGUGGUGGGUUUGGUGCCGACGCAGCAGGAGGCAAUGGUGGCAGGGCCCCACUGCUACAGCCAGCAGCACCAACACCAACAGCAGCACCAGCAGCCGGCGCACUUCUGGAAGUACAACGCCGGCAGCGGCCGCGAGAGCGGGUAUGGGUCGGAUGAAUUCGGCCAUGACUCCCCACGAUACACCUCACCGAAGGCAGGAGGGCUAUAUGGUGGAGAGCCAUACUACCUUGAUGGUGCAAGUGGUGGUACUGGUGAUCCAUGGACAGGUGGUGGUCAGCUGCAGACCGGCCACUACUCUGCAUACAGUUCUCCAGCUAUCCUGUCAGGAGCACCACCGUCUACACAUUUGUCACAGUCUACCUUUCCUCCACCGCCAAUCCAUCUUGCUCAUGAUGCUAUGGCUUACGGAGCCAUGUCGCCAGGUGGCGUUACAAGCUCUCAGCAAGAUAAUUCCCUUCUCGGUACUCAAUCUGCCACAAGUCUUCCACCAAUGUCAAGUUUUCGUGGUGGUGGAGGGCAAGGUCCAGGUCCAGGUGCUGGGACAACCCCCACCACAGCGGGCACCGCUGUGGGAGUUCCUACUUCAAGCCCUGCAACUGCUGCUCUCUAUGUUAGCCCACAGCCAACUACACCGGGGGACACACUUGGCAAAGCAUUGGCAUCAAUAUAUCCCACAGACCAAAGUGUGAGCAGUUACAGUUCAAAUCCCUCAACACCUGUUAGCUCACCUCCUCCACUGACAGGUGGUAGUGGUGGUCAGGCGUGGCCUCCAAGUAAUGCUGGUCCACACCCCAGCACUCCCACAUCACCGCAUUAUGCAGCAGAUCGCACUUUACAUAUGCAGGCUGCCCCUGAACAACAGAGGCUAGAUGCAGCAAUAGGUUUUCUUCGAGACCAUGCUGAGGGCACACGGAUGGAGGAGAGAUUAGAUGAUGCGAUUAAUGUACUUCGCAACCAUGCAGAGAGCCAAGCUUUGGGGCUGCAUGCUGUUGCAUCAUCUACAUUGCAGACACAUUCCAAUGGACUACUUAGUUCUUAUCAUCACACCCAGGCAGCUAUUGAGUCACAUCUGCCCAGUCCUCACCCAGGCACUCCAGGAUCAACAGUUGGUGCAACUCAGAGCUCGUAUCCUGGUCUUGCACCUACACCUGACACAGAUGGACCAAUUAAAAUAGAAAGGCUGUCUGGGGCAACAUCCAAAAAGCGCAAGGAACCUCCUGGAGCAAGCUCUGACACCAAACCUAGCAGCAGUGAACUGGGAAGUAGCCAGACCAGUACAGGUCCUAAUACAGCUGUGCAAGCAAACUCAACUUCUGGCCAAAAGGGAUCCAAACGUUCAAGGAGAUAUUGUUCAAGUGCGGAUGAAGAUUGUGAAGACCCAAACACAAAGGCAGUUCGUGAAAAAGAACGUCGACAGGCCAAUAAUGUUCGUGAGAGGAUACGUAUCCGGGACAUAAAUGAAGCUCUUAAGGAGUUGGGACGGAUGUGCAUGACACAUCUGAAGACCGACAAACCACAGACAAAAUUGGGCAUCCUCAAUAUGGCAGUUGAAGUGAUAAUGAAUCUUGAGCAGCAAGUACGAGAACGAAAUCUGAAUCCCAAGGCUGCAUGUCUGAAAAGAAGAGAAGAAGAAAAGGCUGAGGAUGGGCCCAAGCUGUCGAGUCACCAUUUGGGUCAUCCCGGACCCCAUUUAACGCAGACAUCAUUCCCUACUAUGCCUGGCCCACCUCUACCACACAACCCAACCCAGCCGCAGUAGCAGAGGUGGAUGCUGAAGGGUUUGCACUAUGAUUUUGGUUGAAGCACAUCUCUUUCACAAGUUAUGAUAUGUGAAUUUUUUCUGAAGCUGUCAGAGUGAGAUGGUGCUCAGUCUUUGUGAAUUACGUGUGCAAACUGAAAAAGCUUCAUGUUUAGUUUAAUAAAUGUGAAGUAAUAUGUGCGCAACUAUCACAGAAAUAUACUGUAUUAACCUCCAUAUCAUUGGUUGGAAGACAGCUAAAAUCGUUUAUUGAACCUGAAAAAGAGUAGUAGUUUUUAAAAGACUUUGUGAUGGUCCUAAUUAAAGAAAAGAGAAGACUUUUGAAGACUUAAGACACUAUGAGCAGUAACCUGCAGUUGCAGAGCAGUGCUUUGCAUGCUUUAUUUUUUAAGAAAAGUGAUGGAUGACAUGCAUCUCUAUGUUUGUAUGUGUAUGUAAAGCAUACAGCCAAACACCCUUUUGUGGAUGUAGGUACCCCGAGUGAAAGCAGUUAUAUUAAGGCCAGUAAGCAAGUCAUAGCAAGACCAGAACAUUUUCCAUCAGGCAUGUAACAUUUGUUAUGUACCAGUAAUUAUGACCAAACACAUGAGAUUUGUUUGCCUAUAUAUUUUUUUUAUUUUUUCCAUUACAUGAAUAAUUGCUGAUAUGCUAGUACUUGUUCAGUAAGAUGAACAUUCACAGUGCAACAUAGGGCCCAGACAGAUGUAGACAGCUUUGCCUUAUCGGUAAAUAUACAGUUGUAGACAUAGAGCAGAGCGUGAACAUGUGUGUGCUAAAAUUUUGUUACAUAUAAAAUACACUGAAGUAGUGAUAUUUAUGAAUUAAAUAGUUUUAUUCUUUUUGACUAAGUUAAAUAUUGUGCAUUACUUUUGCUAAAUAGUAUUAUUAUUAUUAUUAUAUUACUAUUAUUAUUAUUAUUAUUAUUAUUAUUAUUAUUGUAUCAUCACUGUUAUCAUAGUAGAAGUGUCAACCUUUCUUUAUAUGAAUCGGAAGUUCACCAGAGUGUGUUUCUACAAAAUACAUAAUGCAACAAAUGUCUGCUUCUCGGUGACAGUAUUUUGUUUUAAAAUUUUGUUCUUAAAAGAUGUGGAAUUUGUACACUUUUGUGGGUAGUGCAGAAUUUUGGUAAUGUCAGCAUGUAUAGGAGAAGAAGUAGUACAGAGAUUACUCAUCAGAGUUGUGAUCAGAAACAGCCAGUCCUCAUCACUAGUGCCAUACUGUGGAAAACUUCCUGUGGAGUUACAUUGAAAGUAUUUUUAUGUAUAACUUCUGUACAGGAUAUGCUCGUUUUAUGAUGAUAUGCAAUUUCAUUUAUGGACUUGGGAGACUUAAUAUCCACCAUUUUUUUAAUUAUGUAAGUCAUUUAAUACUCAUAUUUUUUAUGAACUAAGAGUUUUAAAGCAGUGAUGAUGAUUACUUCUUUUUCUUCCUGUUUGUCUAUUCUUUCUUUCUUUCUUUCUUUUUUUGUGUAUCAGGACUGCUGUAUAAAUUUUGUCACUCAUCUAAUUUUUUAAUGAUUUUGAACUGUAGUACUUGUGAUUAGAUGAAUGAAUUUUACAGCAGUGCAACCUGUUUGCUGAAUGUUUGAGCAGUGGCCAUAUUUGCAGUGGAGAAGUUCAUUAGUUGCAGAGCACAGCAGGGACAGAGACUUCAAAGUCUGUACCAAUGUUAUAAAACUGAAACAGAUCCUCACAAGUAAUGUCUGGAGCCAAAGGAACGUGGCAACUGAAGUACAUUCUUCUGUAAUGUGGGCUGUGGAUAUGCUGACCAUGUCCCUCCUAUAGUAGUGGCUAAAUUAAGUAAAUAAAUGUUGUAGUAGAGAGUAGAAAAGAGCCAGGAAGUAUGUGCCAUAUGUCCAGUGCGAGGGACAGUCUGAAUGAAAACUAAGUUGGAUUGUGGAUGCUAUACACGCUAGUCCAACGUAAGUGGUGACAAAGGCUGGAUGCUGGAUAAGACUUCCGAUUAUUGUUCCUAAAAUCAUGACCCUUUCAUUCAGAAUGUGUUAUGUGUUGUCUCUGCAUGUCAAGUAAAAUCUGCACAAUGAUAGAAAAUUAUUACGAUAUAUUUUUCUUAUCUUUUUUGGUUAAUUAGGCAACAAUGUAUAAAGAGGUAAAGUUGGACAUUUACUGUCAAAGCCAUUGAGAGUAGAUGGAAUACAGUGUAUGCUGGAGGAAUGUCAUAUGCCACAGAAUGCUCAAAAAGUUCAUAUAUAAUACAAAAAAUAGGAACUGAAUAUUAAAAAGCCACAUUCCUUAAAAGUGAAUAUGAAAAUAGAGGCUACAGAUCUGCUCAGCAACAGAUCUGCUCAGAAAGGAAUCUGAACCUUGAGCUUUGGGAAGCAAACCCUCUUCCACAGGAAAAGGAAGUAAGUUUGAGACAUUAACUACAGUAUACAGAAGAUUCAUCCGCUCGAGGGUGAGGUACAAGGGUCGUAUAGUAACCGUAGGAAGACCAGAAAGAAUGCAGGUGAUAGCAAGAAGGUCCUCAUGGUUGUUGUUGAAAUUUGACUUGUUCUUACCUGUACAUUUUGUGUUAACUUAUUCAUGCCUUUGUCAGAAUCUUACUUCUACAUCUUCAUUAUUUCAUCUGUGUACCUCAAAAGUAAAGAAGUUUCAUUUUCCAAAGCUCAAGAUUUGAUAAAGUAGAUAUCGGCAUUAGUAAGUAGAAGUUCUGUGAAGACUAUUUUUCUGUUGUAACUGAAAUAACUGAGUUGCAUAUUGGGAUGGGACCCUUGUGUUUUUUAUUCUACAUAAUCAAUCUGAUAUGUAAUUUGGUUUUGGAAACCUGCAGAUUGGUAUGAAAUCAGAUCUCCAACAAUGAAAUCAGAUCUCCAACAUGUUCUUAACAUGUGACUUCUGAAACAGAUCCUCACAAGUAAUGUCUGGAGCCAAAGGAACGUGGCAACUGAAGUACAUUCUUCUGUAAUGUGGGCUGUGGAUAUGCUGACCAUGUCCCUCCUAUAGUAGUGGCUAAAUCAAGUAAAUAAAUGUUGUAGUAGAGAGUAGAAAAGAGCCAGGAAGACAAGAACUGUCCAUGAACGAUGUAUAGAACAUGAAAGAUACACCCGUCUGCGGCAACCGUCAAAAUCAGCAGUAGCAGAGCACUGUAUUUCAUUGGGGCAUUCAAUGGAAUACAAUGGAACAAAAAUUUUAGCCCCGGUUUCCGGUUUUUGGGAUUCCGUAAUCAAGGAAUCAGUGGAAAUACAUCUUGCCAAUAAUCUUAUAAAUCAUGACAACGGCUUUCAGCUGGAUAAAAAUUGGAAUCCUGUUAUUAAAAUUAUACAAUCACAGCGGAAUCGAAAGUGUCAUUCGAUACUCAAUGACUAGAUGAACCUUUAUUUUCACCACCGAGGGCAGCACGUACAACUCGGCUAUGCUGCGCAUGUCAACACCUGACGCAUGCGCUGUAGGAUGCCAGUACAUUUCGCAUGCGCGAGAUUCGGCAUAAAUACCGCGACUGCACCUGGGCUCUUCAGUAGUUGUGUACUCACCUGAUGAUGGCCGGACGUCUCUGGGCUGAAAUAUCGUGGCAGAAUGUCGACGGGAUCCGGCUGCAUACCCGGAAAUUAUUAGAAGAUGUUCUUAACAUGUUUUGCAAGUUUUUCAUUUUUUAUUUUUGUAUUUAAUUGUUCCCUCUAUAAUUAGCUUCAUAUUGGGUGAUUAUGGCUCUUUAUUAUUUGUUUAUCGUAGAAUCUCUCUUCCAUAACUCACUGGCAACAGUUGAAAUUAGAAGCAAAACAUGCAGUAUGUCAGUGAUAUUUUGUUUACUCUUUCAAUAGCUAACACCAUGGCAGCACUGAAAUAUGUAGCAAACUUCAACAGAAAGGUUGCUCAAGGUCUCUGAAAAGUCUCUUUCCACUCAGCCUAAAUGAGAGGAAUUGUUUCUCAUGUUACAGUAUCAUUUUCUUUAACUGAUUCCUGUCAUUCUUCUCCUUCAGGUUUCUCAUCACAACUGAAUCUGCACUCAUGCACCAUUUCUGCAGAUACAUUUGUUUAUUUUCCUAAAUUCGUGAUUCCAUCCAAGAGUUUCAAUAUCGUUUCCCUCAUUACAGUUAUCAGCUCAAGAGUUUCUCUCUCUCUCUCUCUCUCUCUCUGUGUGUGUGUGUGUGUGUGUGUGUGUGUGUGUGUGUGUGUGUUUGGCAGGUGGGCAUGCGCAUGACCUCUUGAGGACACGCAGUCCUGUGUAUAAUUGUGUAAUUAUUGUAAUUUAGUUUACUAUGACAUUUCAGGGUUUGUGUAAAACUUGCAAAGCUCUGCUUCAUUAUCAUGGGUGGAGAAAGGAAGUGGCCAACCAGUUCCAUUAGGAUAUAGGUCAUUUAAGUGGCACCUGUGGCACAAUACUUAAGCCAAUGCUUGACUCAUGGGAACAGAUGAUUGCUGAAUUAGAGAAAUAAAAGUGAGGAUGAACAGAAAAUGAGGAAGACUUUUAGUUGUUGCAUUUAGCAACUUGCAGCUCAAACUCGAUGGUCAUGUACUCUACUUUCCUUAAAUGUAUUCGUAUGGAAGAUAGACCAUGUCACUACUGCAUCACAGAAGGUUGGUUGUAUUGUAAUCUACCAGAUACAUUGUUGCUUAGCACUUGGAAUAAUUUUGUCGCAAAUCUUUAAUUGAAAGUUUUGUAAAUGAUUGUAUAGUUUUUGAGUUGUACUCUAUGGGAAAUGUACUUACCUGAAAUUUAAACCUCUCACUGUCUUUAUACCAUUCAUUACCAAUAAGAAAGUGAUUAAUGUACAUACAUGUUAGGGGUUCGAAAAUCCUUUGUGUUUUAUGAUGUAGAGUAUGAUUUAAAGGAAGAGGUUGGUCAAUGGAAAAAAAUCUAAAUUUAUCUUAGUGUGAUUUCAAUGUGUUAGUUGUAAACAAAGCAAGGACUGUGGGGAUAAUCAGAUUAAUUAACAAUCAUUGAAGUGUAAUACCUAUUAGUUUUGGAAUUGAGAUUACUGGUUCUAUAUAUAAUGUUUCUACUAAGAUGAGGCUUGUUAAUCCAGGAGCUUCAACACUUACAUGAGUGGUACUUUCUCCCUUUCUUGUUUGGGGGAACAUUGGCAUUGUAAACAAUUCUCCAAUUUACUGUAUGGAUAUCUUUCAAGGCCUGUUACUUAUUUACUGGCUCUUGUGCCAUUUUUAGAUUUCCCGGUGAGUAAUUUUUCUUUAUUUGAGUAGGCAUUUAACUUUUUUAAAUGUAAUUUUAUAUUUUCUGUUCGGGUUGUGACUGGUACUUUAAAGGGAAGCAGUGACAGCAAAUCAGAAAUUUGUACAUUUCUGACAUAAAGUGGUUUACUUGAUUUGACAGCAAGUUAGUAGUAAUUUAUUGUAAAGUGUGUUGCUUGCUGUAAUAUUCAUGCAGUGACAUUACAUAUGUCUUUGAGAGUAAAGCCUGAAAUACAGCAUCAACACAUGGGAGUAAAAUAUAUGGUUUAUGUGUUUUUCCUCAUUUAAAACAAAAGUUGUGAAAGCUCUACUGGAAUAUUCAUUGUUUGUAAUUGUGCAGUAAUAGGAUUGCUAUUUGAAAAUAUCUUAAUGGCAGUUCUGACAGUGUUGUUAUCACCAUCAGAAUUUAGAUAUAUCUUCCUAUUAAGGAUAGCUGUGCAUAUUUUUUGCUUUUCUGGAUUUGAGACCCAUUACACAAGAGAUACACUUCAAAAUAUGAUAAAUUGUUACUUUCGAGAUAACAUGAAAUACCAUUACUUAACCUUAUGAUUGUUCUGAAUACAGAUUUGUAAGAAUGAAGUAAAUAUUUCUUAAAACAUGUUUUUAUAAAUUAAAUUUCUUUCAAACCCCAAUGUGCAUCUCAGUUUGUGACAUGAAACUUGGAAUCCUGUGACCAUUUUUAGCUCCUGGCAGCUGCAAUGUUUGUGUUGUCAACAUUUCAUACACCAAUUAACAAGAGAACCCGUAUGAAAAUACCUCUGAUAAGAGUAUUAUUUCAACAGAAAAAUGACAUGGGCUGCAUGGAUUGUGUAGCAUGUUAACACGUAUUUUGAGCAAUAGUUUGCAACUUUCACAGAAUUGAUGGACGUUCAAUUUGUGCAAGAUACUAGCAUAUUUUAUUUGUAGUUUCUUGUCAGUAAUGUCUGACUACACAGUUCAUCACAAGAGAUGCUCCUUGUUUGUAUGGUGUUGCCUCAGACAGUUUGGCAUGGCUGGUUAUUUGUUUUUCUGUUCCUCAGUGGUGCUCAUAUAUGCUCUAAAUUAUCCAUUCCACAUCAUUAUAGCAUUCCAGAAUACAUACUGGUACAUUACAAGGUUGUUCAAUGUACCUUUUAGAGAGGCUAUGACAGAUCUCCAUAAUUAUAUGUAUGAGCAGAAAGUGUUCAAAUAUUAAUUCAUAUUAUCUUCAGUUUUAUAGAAAAACGUGGAAGAAUACAGCACAAAAAGUUUGAAAUGAAAGAUAGGGGGAGCUCCAGUUUCACAAUUGGAUGCACAGUUGUUGAAUAGUUAGCAAUUUUGUAAUGGUACAAUUGUACAUGUGAAGUGUGAUCAGAUACUAUCAUUAAAUUAACAAGAUAUGUCUGUAUUUACUGCUGCAAAUAAUCAUACAGCAUAAUUCAAUAAAAACAUUGCUCCAUGCACAGCCCAUGAAAGGAAUACUGUACAGCACAGUUAGAAAAAAAGAGAUUUGUUGUUUAUUUUAGUGCAUUACUUUCUGAAACCAGAUAAACCUCUUCAUAUUUCAUAUGAUAACAUACAAACAUUCUAAAAUCUUGUAAAGUUACAACAAAAAUUAUAAUUUUUGUAAAUCGUUUUUGAGAGGUUGUUCUGCCCAGUCCUUAACCUUGAUUACCGCAUAAAGACAAAUGAAUAAAACAGAAAAUAAAUAUUCAAUUUUUUGAUAUUUUUGAUGCCAGUUCUUCAUUUUACUAAUCUGUGAAGAUUGUUGAAUAUUACUUGGAGCUCUCUGAAGAUUUAAGAAAGCCGUUAUGAUGAAAAUUUUCAAUAUUUUGAAAGCAAAUGAACAAACUGUACAGUAUUCACAUUUCUGGAACAUAUUGAAUCUUUUCAUACAGCAGCCUGAAAUUAUCUUUUUUAAAAAAAAAAAAAAAAAAAAAAAAAAAAAAAAAAGGUUUCUGUGCUUGAGAAAGAAUUAAACCCACAUUCUCUUGUAAAUAUAACUACUUCUUUUCCUCUCUCUGUCGAGUAGUGUGUACAGAAGCCCAAAUGUGACUUAAAAACCUCUUUAAUAUACUAUGCAAAUUAUGCUGAACUCACUUUUUAAUCAUCAAAUAAAUUGGCACAACAUAUUUUGGUAGCAUACUUCUAUCCUUGAUUGUCUACAUGGACUUAGUUCCUUGUACAUUUUUAGUUUAAGAAACAUGUUCUAGCUGCAAUUAUUACAUAAAUGUCAAACACCAAAAACUUAAUAUUUCAGAAAAAUCUAUGCCAUAACAAAUUAUUUGAACAGAAGAAACAUGCUAUGCCAAAACAUGCUAUGCCGAUUGCUGUGCAAAUAAAAAGUAAUUGAUGUAGAAAGACUGCUGUUUCAGAGAACUAUGACAUUGCUUAAUGCUGCAUGAUUAUUUGCCAAUACUGGGAAAGGUAGCCUGUCAUCAAAGAAGUUUGAUCAUUUCAUCCAGUAAUUUGAUACAAAUUUGAUACAAUAUUGAAGAAUCUGGUUAGUGCCCAGCCACUUCCUGUUUGAAUUUUCAAUUUUCAUUCUUCUUCUGCUAUUUUAAUUCUGUUGUAAAUUAAUAAAUAUAAUCUACCAAGUCAAUUAUAACUUGUGCAGGCUUUUUUCUUAAACAUUGUGAUACUGAAAUAAUUUUCAUGUGUUUGAAAAUAACUUUAAAUUCAUGUAAAUUUUACUGUUAGUGGAGUUCGUGAAACUGUUUACUGAUUAUGGAAAUUAAAGAGUCUUAACUUGAUGUUUGCUAACUGAGAAAGUAUAUUUACUUUUGGUGGAACAAAGAAAUAAAAAUAUCCAGUACUGUUAUACAAUGAAGUGUUGAGAGUAUUACUGACAAACUGAUAUGAGAGACAGCACAUGACAUAUUUGUUGUAGGUACUUUCAUUGCAUCUUUGUAGAAAAAUAUUAGAGCAAAUUAGAGUCAGAACUUUUUCUAUCACUAUAUUGCAGUUGAGUUAACAGCUGCAUGUAGUUCAGAAAUUUGAAUCCACUGGCUGCAUAACAGAAAUAAGUAUAUGAUGGUGUGCAUGCACUGCUGAAUAUUCCUCCUCCCCCCCCAUCCCCGUAUUUUAAUAUUCCAAAAAUUAUUCUUUCUCUUAUAAAGGUAUUAAAACAAACUUUAUCCUUUUUUAAUUUUAUUUAUUCAGAAGGUGAUUUUCACUAUCAGAAGCUCAGAUAAUAAACAGCUAUUCCGAAGUUUGUAUUAGGUCAGCUACUGACAAUGUCUCUCUGACAUUCAUUUGGUGACUACAAAAUUAAGUCAUCCAUUGCAGUUUGAUGUGCGCUCAUGAGUCACACAUUUGUGAAAAUAUAUUCCGAAGAGUAGUGUAAGAUCAUUACAUGAGUAAGUGUCAGCACAAGGUGAAUUUGUGCAUUUAUAUGUAGGUUAUUUUCCAGUUUUAUUUUUAUGUGUGUAAUUUUUGUAAUGUAAGCUAGAACAAGUUUAGUUGUUGUUUACAGACUUUUGUUGGUACCAGGGGCAAUGAAUUUGACACUGCCGAUUGUUUAAUGUAUGUUUCAAAAAUACCGUGUAUUGUAUUCCAGAUGAAAUCUGCGGUGUAUCCUGAAAGGAUUUUACUGCAGUGAAAUCUCAGUGAUUGGUUGAUUUAUCUGUAAUUUCUUUCACUACAUUGGAAUGUGGAAUUCAGAAAAUUGAUUACAAAGAUAAACCAUAUCUAUUUUAUUUGCAUUUAGAGACUUGUGAACAUUUUCAGAUAGAAGAAAUGUGUGGGUGGUUUUUUUUUAAUGCAGAUAUGUUACAGUGCUUAUCUGCUUAUGUUCCAUCUUCUUAUGUAAAAAAAAGUUUGGACUGUAUAUUUUAAAGUAUUUUAUUUUCUCUCUGACAAAAAUUUUUGCUGUACCUCAGUUUUGGUCAUACUGAAUGAAACAUCACAGGGCCAAAAUAAUUCUCAUAAUCAGCACACACCGUAUAAAUGCAACUCUACUGCAGAAACUAAGGGACUGACAAAAUAAUUAAGUAAAUUAUUCAUUUUGCACAUGUGUGUGUGUUUUUUUUUCUAAUCUGCAUAAAAUAGCACCCAGUCCAGUACUGUCAUAAGAACACCAAUGCAGUUUAGUAAUCCAGAUAUUUGUUUAAAAAAGCUACAUUUUUGCAUCACUAUUCUAUGUAAUAGAAUACCAAAUUUAUGUUACUAUAUUUUUAAGUGCAUUCAAAAUGUGCUGCUGUAUAUUUGCUGUUGUUAUUUAGGGCAUAUUUAUGUAACAUAGCUGUAACUGCUGUAAUUGGUGCAUUUUAUAACACUAUUGGUAUUCUAGGAAAGUUACAAUAUUGUAAUUAUUCCAUCUAGACUACAAAUUUUUAAAUAUUUUAUAUGACAAUAUUUUAAGCCAGUCCCUGAAUGUGAUAGCUUUAUGAGAUUUCACUGUAUUGUAAACAUUAAGUACUUCACUCCAGCAAAUGGAAAUGGUAUGUAAUAUUAUUCCAUGACAAUUUAUAAGGUAUUUAUUUUGUUAUUGUUACAGUGUAACCGUCUUUUAUAUAUUCCUCCAGAAAAAUGUAAUCUCAGAAGUAAAAUUAUAUUGUUAAAUUACAUUUUUCAGUGUAUCAUUAAUGUAAAGAGCAUAUAAUUUUUGUAACUUAAAUUUUAUCAAAAUAUUUUAUUUAGAUAAUUGCUGGUACAAAAUAUGAUGGAGUUCAAGUUAAAUAUAUUAAUGGAUUUUGUGACAUAGUGAUGAACAGUAAGUGAGGUCAUGUAUCUAAGACCAUGUUGACAUAAAAUUAUGUUUCGCUUAACUACUAAACAAAUUUGGUAAAUUUACUAACAGAUGGGAGUUCAUGCAUGAAGCUCAACCAGAUAUUUUCAGUGUAUACAAAGUUUUGUAGUCAACAAAAAAGAUUGGUAAAAUAUACAAAAUACAUCAAUGUAGAUAAAGGAAAAAGGCAUUUAAUUUAUACUUAAAGAGGAAGUGGAUGUUAAUACAUUCAUGCUGUGUUUAAAAAGUUUGCGGAUGUGAAAAUAAAAGUACCUGUUUUAAUACCUUUACUCAUAAAGUUGUUUUCAAAGGCAAUAUAUACUGAUAAUUCUUAGCACAUGAAAUCAGCACACUUUACUUCAACCAAGAAAAUCUGAACAAUUUAGGUAUUUUAUAUUUGCCCAAAUGGAUCUCAAAGGUGCUGAAAACUGAGUUCGAACUCACUCAUUUUGUGUGUGAAUGAAUCUCUUGAAGCCUUUCAUAAUGUAAAAGUUCAGUAAAACUUCUUUUCUCAAAAAGAAUUCUUGGAUUAAGUCAUUGCAAAGCAUACAUGAAAAACGGAUUAAUUUAUGUAGUUUAGAUUUUUUGAUGAAUUAGUACGAUAUUGCAAUGAUUACUUCAACUAUGCCAAAACUCUUCAGGAUAAUAUUAUCUCCAAAGUAUCACUAAGUAUUUAUUACAAAAACAUCUCAGAAACUGUGUGGUGGUUUGAUCAUAUUUUAGUUGAAAAUUUAUUUUGUUGAUUUCUAAAACAAGUCCACUGAAAUCACCUUGAGCUUCCCAUUGCAAAGGAUAAAUCAUUUGCAGCAAGCUUAACUAUCAGUUUUAUUUUUGUAACUUUGACAGUUUCUGAAAUCUGUCACAUAGAAUAUACACCACUCUACUUAAAGUUUUAGUAUUCUUCCAUUCUACUCUUUUUAAAGGAUUCAGUUUAGUGAGGUUUGGAGACAAAUCCAAUACUUGGUUCACCACAUGGUAUUUUACCAGAUAUCCAAUCUGUUUGUGCUGGUACAGUCAUAUGUACCUACUGCAGUAAUACUGGCCAUAUAUUCAUAAAAAGUGAUACUAUUGUUUUCACAUUUAAGUUUAUUGAAAGCAUCGGCAUAUUUGAAUAUACUGAUUUAGUUGUUUCUGGAACUUAAAAAGGGAAGUGUGUGCUAAAAUGUAGACAUGUCAUCAUUAUUUAUGUAAUUCUGUAGUAUUCAGGACAGUUCAGUGUAGUCUCAAGCAGCCACAUUGCAAACUUGAAGGAUGUUUAAGACCGACAUAUGUCACGUACAUUACAUUUGUUACAUAUUUGCAAAGUAUAAGAUUUCAGUUGCUUAGAUGACCUUUUUAUUUCAGCUGGUCCCUCACAACAAACUUUUACUAAAAAAUAACAGCAUAUGUGUCCAAAAAAUGUAUGCACAAGAUCUCCAUGUAGCACAGGACUGCGUAGGAAAUGAUUCUACAUUGGAAUAACAAUUUUAUUGGUGUGUGCUUAUAUGUGUACAUUCCACAGAACUCAUUCAUGUGAAAAGGAUUAUUUUGAAAACAUAAUAUGUAAAUCUAUUUGAAAUAAAAUUGAGAAAAGUUUAA